AUGAGACCUGCAAGUGCAUUAUACCAAGCGAUAAACGCAGUGAUAAUUCCGAGAACACCACCGAUUUUAGUGGAGACUGAUAAUGGUUUGGGAGUAACAGAAGUAUCGGUAGUAAAGGCACCAAUAGUAAGCAGCAAGAAAGUGAGAGUCAAGAAGAAGAAGAGAGCCAUUAUUCCACCAGUUGAACGGAAAGUGGCCAAGAAUAACAAAAAAGUAACUGAAAAAGCAAACACCAAAGGUGUUGCCAGUCUUGAAUUCCCACAUGCCAGCCAAAAGCUGUACGAGACCUCCAUAGAACAAGGCCAAACCAAGAGUGAUACUUGGGCUCUGGACA